AUGCAUAAUGUAGCAGCUCUGUUGAUUCAAUCACAUCUUGUGACGUCGCUUUCGCUUCUAAUCAUUCGCACACUGUUAGCCACUGCAGUCAUGUCGACAUCAACGGAGGAUGUCAGCGAGCGGACCAGGGCAGCCCGCACAAUACAGCAUGCCUGGCGAAGGCGGAAUGAGGCCACUGCCAAGUACAUGACAGCCAACAAUCGCUGGAUACAGGCAGUGGGACAUGCGGAGCUGGAGUUCACGUUCGAGGAACUGCAGGUGGACAAUUCUUUUGCAGACCAAGGGCAGAACACACCUAAGGCACGAUGGAGACGCGCCUCCGACCUGAUCAAGAAGUUGAGGGAUCCCAACGAACGGCUGCAGUUGCCUGGUCAAAGCGAGCCUACUGCCGCUCUGAAGCAGCUGGAAACCCAGCAUUGGCUCGAACUCAUCGACGGGAAAUGGGUAGAAGAGGAUACCCAGGAUAACUUCUUCAAAUGGUUAGACAAAGGGGCAGGAAAGGACCUUUCACUCAAAGAAUGUCCGCGUUCUCAGCUAGAGGCAGAGCGUAUCCAAUACCUAUCAGACGAACAACGCUUGAACUAUCUCGUUGAAAUCGAUCAGGAGGGCAAGCUACGAUGGGCCCGAAACCAUCAAUUUGUCGACACUUCUGCUGGACAUUGGAAGGAGGCUGGUGAAGGCCUGGGUAUCGUAGCAGAUGAACUACCUGGUGGCGUCGUCCCAACAACGAGGCGCGACUCGGGCUCUUCAUCUGUACAAUCCUCGGAUCCCCAGCACUAUGCUGAACCGAUUGCAGGAAAGUACCGUAUUACACGGCUAUUCAGAAAGUACUUCACUAUCCGCGGUGUCCUCAAUCGACUGUUAAGAAAGACGGUGCGCCGCAAUACGUGGAUCUACGUUUCAGACAAAAAUUUCAAUAUUUUCAUUGGUAUCAAAGAAACAGGGGAAUUCCAGCACUCGUCCUUCUUGGGCGGAGGUCUCGUUACCUCAGCCGGGUUGAUCUCCGUCAAGGAUGGUCUGAUACAUACACUAUCGCCUCUGUCAGGGCAUUAUCGAACAUCCACCGAGCAUUUCCAUCAAUUCCUAGAAAUCCUGGAAAAGAGGGGCGUCAACUUGCAUAAAGCGAAGAUUAGCAAGGCAGAAGCUGCACUUUGGGGCAUCGAACAUAUAACCAAGUUGAAGAAAUCUGGGGGCCAACUCCUUCAAGGUGGCAAAGACAAGGCCAAAGAAAUAGCUAUCGAAGGGAGGGAAGCCUUACAUCUACCAUCACCCAGCGAUCAUCACGGUUGGAAGCAAGACAUUCUUCGCGGGCGAAUCAAGCCACCGCCAAGCGAGAAGCAACAGAACUUGCACUCAUCAUGA